AUGGCCAGCCUCCAGGCCCCGCUGCUGGCCGCCCUCGUCCUUCUCGCUACGGCACUUCAAGCAGCAGAGGCAGGCCCUUACGGAGCCAACAUGGAGGACAGCAUCUGCUGCCGGAGCUACGUCCAAAACCCUCUGCACUCGCGCGUGGUGCGGCAUUUCUACUGGACUUCGCACUCCUGCCGGAGGCCUGGCGUGGUCUUGAUAACCCUCAAAAACUGGGAGAUCUGCGCUGAUCCCAGAUUACAAUGGGUGAAGAAGAUUCUCCAGAAGCUGGACCAUUGA